GUCGUUUGUUGUUUUCUCACGGUCAGUCGAUUGGUUAGACGCAAGCUAGUGAUCAAUCGUGUUAUGUUUAGACAAUUUAAUUCGCUUUUUCAUUCCAAUACAAACCAGAAGUUGUUCAUUAGAUAUCAUAGUCUGAGCUGGACGUUAAAAUCCGAAGAAUAUGUGUUUUAAUAGUUUAUUUACAAGUCUUGGGCAUAUUGACAUUUCAUUUUUGAAAUGCCUGGAAGUCGUGCAAGUAAUGAACAAGAACUGAAGUCACCACGUGAAAGUGGAGAAGAUUCAGAAGAUGAGAGUGAAAUCCUGGAGGAGAGCCCCUGUGGAAGAUGGUUAAAAAGGAGAGAGGAGGUGGAGCAGCGGGAUGUGCCCGGGAUUGACAGUGCGUACCUGGCCAUGGACACGGAGGAGGGUGUGGAGGUGGUGUGGAACGAGGUGCAAUUCUCGGAGCGGAAGAACUUCAAGGCGCAGGAGGAGAAGAUCCAGCAGGUGUUUGAGAACCUGACGCAGCUCGAACACCCCAACAUCGUCAAGUUCCACCGCUACUGGACGGACACUCACAACGACAAGCCCAGGGUGAUAUUUAUCACGGAGUAUAUGUCCUCCGGAUCACUGAAACAGUUCCUGAAAAGAACCAAGAGAAACGUGAAAAAGCUGCCUUUGCAGGCUUGGAAGCGAUGGUGCUCCCAGAUUCUAUCGGCGCUUAGUUACUUGCACUCCUGUGCGCCACCCAUCAUCCAUGGGAACCUCACCUGUGAUACCAUAUUUAUUCAGCACAAUGGCCUCGUGAAAAUAGGAUCAGUGGCCCCUGAUACGAUACAUCAUCAUGUCAAAACGUGUCGAGACAACAUGAAGAACAUGCACUUCAUUGCUCCUGAAUAUGGAGCGACAGUGAGUCCAGCCAUCGACAUCUACUCGUUCGGUAUGUGUGCCUUGGAGAUGGCUGCCCUCGAGAUCCAGGGGAACGGGGACUCGGGAACGCUGGUGACUGAAGAGCACAUCAACCGCACCAUCGAUAGUCUGGACGACCCACUGCAGAAGGACUUCAUCCAUAAGUGUCUGGCGCAGGACCCAGUAACGCGACCGCCCGCACGGGACCUGCUCUUCCAUCCGAUCCUCUUUGAGGUCCACUCGCUCAAACUGCUCUCAGCCCACACGCUCGUGAACAGUGCAAAUACGUCAGAAUCAAUAACAGAUGAAGUAGUCCAGCGGUUAUUCGGCCCGGAUGUGGUAGUUGCGGAGAUCUGCCAUCCAGACAGGCCUGGCUCACAGGUCAAGAUGGCCGACGUGCCUGUUACCGAAAAGUUGGAGAAGUUUGUCGAAGACGUCAAGUACGGUAUCUACCCUCUGACAGCAUAUAGGGCACGACAGCCACCCCCUCCCCGGCCCCGUGCUAUCUCGCCUGAGGUUGCAGAGUCGGUCAAGUCUGUUACACCAGAACCUGUUGACGUGGAGAUGCGACGGAUCGUCACGAUGAUGUGCAAUAUCAAGCCCAAGGAGGUGACUGGUGAACAACAGAUGACGAUCUUGUUGCGGAUGGACGACAAGAUGAACAGGCAGUUGACGUGUCCGCUCUCAGAGAUGGACAACUCAAUAAGCCUCGCACAUGAACUAGUCUUCUAUGGCUUCAUUAAUGAGGGGGACAAAGAGAAGAUGGCCACGUUAAUAGAAGACACGUUACGGAACCACGGGACCACGAGGCAGAUGACGUGUGGUGCUUCGGAGUCAAGUCUGGUGCUGCCUACGGCGACUCCUGCACUCAGUUAAUAUCAACUCCUGGGCGUUAGCCACAUUGUCAAAUAUAAGGCUGGAUAUUCUUUUAUAAGUUUUACCAAAUAGGAAUAAGAAAUCGACUUUACUUACAAUGGAAAGUUCCCCAAAUUCUUAGUGUAAAGGGCAAUUCCGGGGUGUACAUUUCCUUGAACUAUCGAGCUUAACCUAGUCGCCAUUUCACAAUUCUUUUAUUGUCGUUAUUUAUUGUUUUACCAAGACGUACUGUAAUUAAGAUCGAAAUUUCAAAUAUUCAUUUGAAUCACCUAGCGAAUAAAAUUGUUCUGUUGUAAAAUUUGUGUAAGUCAACGUAUUAAAAUCAUGUGUACUACAAAUUAUUUUCUGUCUGAUGUUUUAAACUGUCUUGUAGUCGAUGGAAGAGAUAACUGGGAACCCCUGUUUAGUUUUGUUAAUAGCACAAACACUUGUGGCUUGUCCGAGCUGCAAGAAGGUUGAUGUAGCAUGUCGUGCUUGGCGUUUCCUCAGUUUCUUAGUCCAUCAGUUCGGUUUAGUUUAGCAUAAUUUUAGAUUUACAUUGCGUUAUUCGUAAAAUUGUGAUUUUAGACAACAUGGUGAGUGCUUCCGAGUUACACAAGUGAUGAAGAGGGCAUAAGGAAAUCUGCCAAUAGAACCAAAUAAUAUUUUGUUAGUGCCUUGUGGUAUCUGAUUCGUAGAAUUGUACAUUUCUCCUGUUUUUAUUACGUCAGUGUUUAUGUAUUCUGCUUAUUUGUACUGUCGGCAUUUAAUGGCAUAUUUUUAUCAGUUAGGUUAGCCCAUGUGAUACUGUAGCUUCUGUGCCAUUCUGUUUUUUCUAAGCAAUACCCAGCUUUUUGUAAAUAAUACACAACAGUUUCAUGUUUUGUUCUUAUAAUUUCUUCUCGCCGAUCCAGAGAACUGUUCAUAGAUGAUUUUUGUGUAAAGUUUUAUAUUAUUGUUUUUAUAUUGAAAUAAUUAAGGAAGAUUGGACAAUAUUAUCACAACAGCUGGUUUGCUGUCCUGUAACAUUCAUUAGAUUAAUUUCUCACAAAAUAUUUAAGGGUCGUGAAUGUGCUGCCAAUUUUUUAAGCCUACAGUAAUUGGUUUACAGAAAAUAACUGCUACUUCGAAAACUUAUUGUAUGGUUUACUGUAGUGUUUCUUAAUGCGAAGAACAAGUAUAUGUUUUCUUGUAACACACUUAGCUAUUUAAUCAAGUCACUUAAAAAGUUCAUAGCCAAUUUUUGAGUAAUGCCGUUUUGUACAAUAUAUGUUUUUAAAUGAGCUGGCAGAACAAUCACGACAAUGAAAGGCCAAUGUAUACUAUUAUUAUUGUUGUUAAUGUUGACAACAGAAUGUACAGAUUUGACUGAUAAGUUAAUUUAAUGUUACGCUAGAAGGCUGUUAGUCGUAUCAAUGCAAGUGAGGGUGACUGCGCGACCAACGGUUGGUUACUCAUAUCACGUAGAUUCGAAUUUUUGCUCAGUAUUUUGUCGAAUAGGGAAGAGAAGUCGAUAAGAAUAAUUAUAUUUAAUACUUUAUGUCUGAUAUUGUUUAUGAGUACGCUUGAAGUUCACUUUAAAAUAGUCACUGAACAUUAAGUUAAGCAAUUUUGAUUUAUAUUCUUAAAUGUUUUUAAAAUUGCAGAAAUUUUAAUUAUGGCAUGCUUUUUUCAAGCAAUUUUUACGUUACAAUUAUGUGUAUUGUGUUUUUUUCAAUUCAUGAACAAAAUUGAUGUCUGAUGAAAUUUGGUGCUUUCAAUGGUACUGAGAGAUUUCCCCUGGAAUAGUGUAGUAUGCUUACAAUGUAUUCAGCUAUAUCUUAGAUGGUUAUUUUGUACACAUUAGGCUGUUGGUGUUUCUUUGUCGACAGCUCUUCAAGAUACCCCCUCCCCUCUUCUCUUCCCUACAACAUUCUUUUGUAAACUGAACACAUUACUAAUUGUGAAGUAUAAACUAUCACAAAUC